CCCAGGCACCGAAGCCCGGUCCUCACAGGCUCCAUCCCCUCACCCCUUCCUGUUCGCUGUCGCCGUCGCGCCCAGGUAUUUACCUGGUACUUAGGUGAGUCGUCUGCAGUGGCGGUUUCGGUCUAAGCCUCCCGCCUCUUCUCUCGGAGCGUUCCUCAAGCCUCGAAGGCACGGAGGGGCCCCGGACCAAAGGCGGUGGGCUCCCCAGCCCGGGUCCCGCCUCGGUGCGGCUGCCUGAGCCCCCCGCCCACACCCCCAAAGGCAGCGCCGAAGUCGUCCCGGGUCGCGGCGACAUGCCCGAGCUGGUGGUGACAGCGCUACUGGCGCCGUCGCGCCUCACUCUGAAGCUGCUGCGCGCCUUCAUGUGGAGCCUCGUGUUCUCCGCCGCGCUGGUGGCCGCCGCCGUCUAUGGCUGCAUCGCGUUCACACACGUGCUGUGCCGGCCCCGGCGCGGCUGCUGCGGGCGCCCCCGGAGCACCCCACCCGCCUGUCUGAGCGACCCCACCCUGGGCGAACACUGCUUCCUGACCCUGAAGAGCUCGGGCCUGCGCCUGCACUAUGUCUCCGCCGGACGUGGCAAUGGGCCCCUCAUGCUGUUUCUGCACGGCUUCCCAGAGAACUGGUUCUCCUGGCGCUACCAGCUUUGGGAGUUCCAGAGCCGCUUCCACGUGGUGGCUGUGGACCUACGGGGAUAUGGCUCCUCAAACGCCCCUCAGGAUGUAGACUGUUACACCAUGGACCUGCUGAUGAUGGACAUCCAGGAUGUCAUCCUGGGCCUGGGUUAUUCCAAGUGUAUCCUGGUAGCCCAUGACUGGGGUGCGCUCCUCGCCUGGAAUUUCUCCAUCUACUACCCAUCCCUGGUCGAGCGGAUGGUAAUUGUCAGCGCUGCCCCCAUGUCUGUGUACCAAGACUACUCUAUACGUCACAUCGGCCAGUUCUUCCGUUCCAACUACAUUUUCCUGUUCCAGCUUCCCUGGCUGCCUGAGAAAUUACUGUCCAUGUCUGACUUCCAGAUCCUGAAGACCACCCUCACACACCGCAAGAGAGGCAUCCCACACUUAACCCCCAACGAGCUCGAGGCCUUCCUUUAUGACUUCUCACAGCCUGGUGGUCUCACUGGGCCCAUCAACUAUUACCGAAACCUCUUCAGGAACUUCCCCCUGGAGCCCCAGGAGCUGGCCACACCCACACUCCUGUUGUGGGGAGCGAAGGACACCUACUUCGAGCAGGGGCUGGUGGAAGCCAUCAGCAGUCGCUUUGUGCCGGGCCGGCUGGAGGCCCACAUCCUGCCGGGCGUGGGGCACUGGAUCCCACAGAGCAACCCCAGGGAGAUGCACGAGUACAUGUGGGCCUUCUUGCAAGACCUGCUGGACUAGCGGCCCUCGCUCGCUGGCCUGUGUGCACCUGGGAGGCCGCACGGCGUACGUACAAGGAUGGACUCCCGGAUCUUGCACGGGCGCGGAACUCCAGGCUGCACAGAAGGGAGUCUGUGGGUGCCCUCAGGCGCACCAGCCCAUAGGCUCACACACAGGUGUGCGUGUGUGUGGGUGGGUGGGUGAACAAGCACUUCAAUCCUCGAGAGCCAGGUACAGCUCUGUGGAGCUAGAUUCAGAGUGUCCUACCUCUCCCCUCCCCUGGGGCCUUACUCUUCUUGCCAAUGUCACACCCCAGAGCAGCACCAACCACAGACUCUGACCUUCCUGUCCCUGGCUUUCCUCUGCAAUCCGAGUCUUCAGCUAAAUGCUGCUGUGUCCAAUAGGGUACCGGCAGCCACAUCGGGCUGCUUCAAUUUACGUGCAAAGUAAUGAGAAGAAAAUCAAUUAAAAAUUCAGUUCCUCAGUCACUCUGGCCAUACUUC